AUGGAUUCCUAUUCUCAGUCUUCUAGCUUGAUGGACCUCUUAACCAAUCAACAACCAAACACUCAACCUAGUUUAGAUCAGUCUACGUCCAAUGUCUCUGUCUUCGGUCUUUGGUCUGAAGAUGCAGAGUUUGAAGCACACAAUGUUGAGGACCGUAAAGAGAGAAGGAAGUGGACACCAACGGAAGAUCGUGUGCUCAUCUCCGCUUGGUUGAACACCCCCAAAGAUCCUCUUGUUGGGAAUGAGCAAAAAGCUAUUUCCUUUUGGAAACGCGUCGCAACUUAUUAUGGAACAAGUCAAAAGCUUGCUGGGUUGCAAAAGAGAGAACCAACUCACUGCAAAUCAAGGCGGGGGAAGAUCAAUGAGGCCGUCUGCAAGUUUGUAGGUUGCUAUGAUACUGCUACGAAACAGAAGUCAAGUGGUCAGAAUGAAGACGAUGUUAUGAAGAUGGCACACGAGAUUUACUUCAAUGAAUACAAGGUGAAGUUCAUGCUUGAGCAUGCAUGGCUGGAGUUUAGACAUGAUCAGAAAUGGUGUGUCGCAUCUACAACUAAAGAUAAGGUUUCAUCAAAAAGAAGGAAGUUAGAUGAGCAGUCCGCACAGUCAUCAACUUUUGUGCCAGGAGAGGAUGAUGAACGGCCUAUUGGUAUUAAAGCAGCAAAGGCGAAAGGGAAAAAGUCAUUGAGCAAGCCAACUACAUUGGAAGAGGAAGGAAAAGAGAUUCAGAGCAUGUGGGAGAUUAGGAAGAAGGACUUUGUUUUGAAGGAUGCUCUUAAUAAGCAAAAAUUAUUUGACAGCCUAAUUGCCAAGACAGAGCUGUUAAGUGAACUCGAAAAGAGAUUCAGAGCAUUUGUAAACAUUGCCUUUUGCAAGAGCAUGUUGUGUUUUCUUUAUAAACAUUGCCUUUUGUAA